AUGUCAUCUCCGGGCCGUAAAAGACCAUUAUAUCCAUCAUCUCUGGUGGCGCUUCUCAUCAUCUCCCUUCUUUACAUUUGGGUUUCCAGCAGUCAAACCAAGGCGGUGGCAAUAAGGUUAUUUCCGCCAAGUUCGAGGGCAUUAGUGGAAAAUGGCCAAUCAAUGGAGCCCGUCAAGAGUCAAACUCAAGUAUUCAGAGAGUAUUUCAAAGGCAGACUUUCGGAUCUCAAAAACAACACAGCAAAUAACAACGGUACAUUUGCUGAUUACAAAAGGAAAAUACCCAGCUGCCCAGAUCCUCUCCAUAAUUAA